AGAUGUUUCUAAAUUCCAAUUGGUUCCAUUCUCGCGUUUCUCUUUUUCACGUAAAAGUAGUGCUCGCUGAUGUUACAGGAUAAUACGAAUUAAAGAACACUGUAUUUAGUGAAGAAAACACAAAAAUUUAUAUAAAAAUAUGCCAUCUGUAACGUUAAAAGACGUGGACCAGCAAAAAUUUGUAAAGGCCUUCGCAGCCUUCCUUAAAAAAACUGGCAAAAUGCGAGUGCCAGAAUGGGUGGACAUUGUGAAAACGGCCAAAUUCAAAGAGUUGGCUCCUUAUGAUCCCGAUUGGUACUACAUCAGAUGUGCAGCUUUGGUACGUCACAUUUAUAUCCGCAGCCCAAUCGGUGUCGGCGCCGUCACCAAGAUUUUUGGUGGACGCAAACGCAAUGGCACUCAUCCCAGUCACUUCUGCCGAUCAGCCGGUGGUGUUGCGCGCAAAGCGCUCCAAAGCUUGGAACAGUUGAAACUGAUUGAAAAAGCACCUCUUGGCGGACGUAAAUUGACCAGCCAAGGACGCAGGGAUUUAGAUCGUAUCGCCGCACAAGUUAAAGCUAAAAGCAAAAAACAACUUAAACUUCAAGAGACAAUUGCAAUUUAGAUAUUUCCUUAUGUUUCUGUAACAAAAAAUUAAAAAAAGACAAAUCUCUAAAAAA